AUGAUGCAAGGUACUCCGAACAACGGCAACUACCCAUCAUCGCAGCGUUCGCCGGUCUACCGCGCUCGCGGCGGCUACGGCAGCGCGACGGAUCUGUCCAGCGUGGGCACGCCGAACCACACGUUCGCCGCACAGCACCCGCCUACACCGCCGCUGGUCUUCACAACACAGUUUGGCGGUACCCCGCCCCACCAGCAGGACCCUCUCGCCACCUCCCCUUUUGUGGAGCCGCUGCAGGUGAACUACCAAGCCGUCUUGGGCCGCCGCAACAGCAGCACGUUGGUCGAGCUGGAGGACAGCCCCAUCACCGUGACGUGUCGCACCAAAGGCACGGGGCGGUCGCCGUACGUCGCGCCGAUCCAGGGCGAGAUCCCGAGUGAGGGGGAGCGCGUCGGUCGCCACAACCCGUACACUUUUAGCUUCUCCGGCAACACCAGUCCGGCGCAGGUGUCGACGCCGACGCAGGGCCUGGCACCCAACAAUUUCAAUGGCGGGCUCUACCUCGGGCCGGUAGUGAUGGAUCAACACACCGCCGACGCGUACCUCACGCAUGGCCACAGCAAGCGUCUCGACACGCAAUUUGAGCUGCCGCCGGAGGUGGUGCACCGCUCGCUGAAGGACCGCUGCCGCUACAUUCAGUUCCCCGCCAACUUACCUGCCAACCCGAAGUCUGGCGCACAAGCCGGCGGCAACCCAACCAGCGGCAAUGCCGGCAGCCAGGGUAACAGCGGUAGUAUGGGCACCGGCGCAGGUGCGGGCAGCGCAGAGAGUAGCCUGCCCAUCGCCCUCUUCAUCGGACAGGUGCGCUUUGAAACGACGUCGGCAGAGUUGCUGUGGCUCAUUCACCGUACCUGCGGUGCCUGCGCGAGUCACCUCGAAAGCCGCGGUGCCGGCUGCUACCUCCUUUACUGUCGGAGCGAGGCGGAUCUGACGUUGGUGCGCAGCCUGCACAAGCGCAUCCUCUUUGAUGUCGGUGGCGUGUGGCUGGCCCGCACCGCGGAUGAGGUGGAUGCGCUGUGCGAGUACGUCGCGCUCGACGCGGCGGUGCUGUCGAAGAAGUCCCGACUGCCCCGCGACUCGAUGGUGGUGGAGGAGCUCAAGGCGGACGCGCUGAACAGCAACGGCAGCCGUCGCGGGCACGGCGGGAACCCCAACACCAAUAACACUCCGGCGACAAGUGCUGCUGCUGCUGGUGGCGCUGGCAAUCACGAUAAGCGGUCUGGUAGUAACCACACCUUCAACAACAAUAAUCUUCGUGGAAGGACUGGAGGUGGUAGUCAGCCAAACUCGAGUCGCCGCGAUGGCGCGUCGCCCAACCCUGAACACUACCAGCAGCAGUGCCCAUCACCUUCGUCACCGCCGAUGCAGCAGCUGCCACAACAGCAGCAACCACUCGGGGCUCUGCCGCCGUACCCCGGUUACCAGCUAUCGCCCAAGUCGCCCUUUGGUGAGCGGCCGCAGUACUGGUGA